AUGGUCAGUUUCCACUACCUUGGAGAUCCCUACUUACCCAAUCAGGGAAAUAACGGAUUGCUAAAAGAAUCUGACGAGGACCCUGAAGAGGAUCCUGGAGAAGAACAUGAAGAGGACCUUGAGGAAGAGGAAGAAGAAAUUGAGGAACCUGCGAAACCCGCGGUAGAUGAUGGUGAAGUAGAGUCUGGUGAUGACAUCAAUGAUGAUUCGGACGCAGAGUCUGAAGUCAUCAACCCACCAUACCCAGUGAGGGUGUCGGCUCACCGAAUGGGUCUAAAUGGCCCUACACCUCCUUGGGGUAUCGACAUUUGGAGGUGGAGCAGGCAACAGGGACAGCGACCCCCGUUUGGCAUGGCACGUGAGUUCUAUGACUAG